AAAAAAAUGAGCGAACCAACACCAGUCGACAUUACCCAAAUUCCAAUCCAAGAACACGACUCUAAAGUUGCCUUGAUUACUGGUGUAACUGGUCAAGAUGGAUCCUACUUGGCUGAACUCUUGUUAGAAAAGGGAUAUACUGUCUAUGGUAUGAUUAGACGUUCUUCAUCAUUCAACACUGGUAGAGUUGAACAUUUGUAUAAGGAUAUUCACAUCACCAAGGCUAAAUUCAAACUUUUAUAUGGUGACUUGACUGAUACCGGAAACUUGAUUUCCAUCAUUUCCAAGAUUAGACCAGAUGAAAUCUACAACUUGGGUGCUCAAUCCCAUGUUAAAGUCAGUUUUGAAAUGCCUGAAUACACUGCCAAUGUUGAUGGUAUUGGUACUUUGCGUAUUUUGGAAGCCAUUCGUGCUUGUGGAUUGGAAAAGAAGACUAGAUUCUAUCAAGCUAGUACUAGUGAAUUGUAUGGUUUAGUUCAAGAAAUUCCACAAAAAGAAACCACUCCAUUCUAUCCACGUUCUCCAUAUGCUUGCGCCAAGUUGUACAGUUAUUGGAUUGUUAUCAACUAUAGAGAAGCUUACAAUAUGUUUGCUUUGAACGGAAUUCUUUUCAAUCAUGAAAGUAUUCGUCGUGGUCCAACCUUUGUUACAAGAAAGAUUACUAUGGCUGUUGCUCGUAUUCAUCUCGGAUUGCAAGAUUGCUUGUAUUUGGGUAAUUUGGAUGCUGAAAGAGAUUGGGGACAUGCUAAGGACUAUGUUGAAGCCAUGUGGUUGAUGCUCCAACAAGAAAAGCCAGCCGAUUAUUGUGUUGCCACUGGUGAAAAACACAAAGUUAGAGAAUUUGUUGAAAAAUCAUUUGCUGUUCUCGGUAAGAAGGUUGAAUGGAAGGGUACUCCAGGUACUGUUGAUGAACAUGGUGUUGUUGAUGGUGUUGUCAGAGUUAAGGUUGACCCACGUUACUUUAGACCAACUGAAGUUGAACUCUUGAUUGGUGACCCAACCAAGGCUGAAACUGAAUUAGGAUGGAAGAGAAAUGUCAGCUUUGAUGAAUUAGUUAGAGGAAUGGUGGAAGGUGAUGUUGAACUUUUGAAACAUGGUGAUUCCCAAGUUGUUCAAAAGCAAUAUCAAGAUUAAAAUGUAAUUUAUUAAAAACUAAAUUUUAUUUAAACAAGUUGAAAUUUAUUUCAGAUAAGGAUAAGAGGAUUGUGAAAUUUUCAAAAUGGUAAAGGCAGUCAAUUUAGAAAAUACUUCAAUUAAAUCAUCCCUCUGCAUGGCAACACAUCCUGAAGUUGGUCCAUAAUUUUCAGAUGCAAUGUGGAAAAAGAUUGCACUUCCCUUUCCUAAUUGAAUUGGAUUAUCAUUAUAACCUAUUACUGCAAAAAGGUCAUACAAAUGAUCUUGUCUCCACAAUUUUUCACUCGAUAAUCCUUCCAAUACAGGAAGCUGUAUUAAUCUAUUGUAAUGCAGUGAAUCUAACAUAUCAUCACACCAACCAUAAUUUUCUUUCAAUUCAAUAAGAGGAAUUCCUUUAAUUUUUGAAAUAAUUGAUGGAUCAACCCUAUCUGAUCUGUAAAAGGCCAUUCUCAAUGAAUAUUCUCCAAUGGGUGUAAUUCCAUCGCCCUCACCAACCUUUUGAUUGAUUCCAUUUCUUCCAACACUACAUUUAUAUUGUUUUCCAUUAAAAGUUAAAAUUGCAUGAUAUGGAAU